CACUCUCUCUGCUCCGCCCACGGAGACAGCCGCUGCUGGGCCCGCGAAGACAGUCUUGGGGACAGUCGUUGAUGUGCCUGUGUAUAUAUCAACAGUGAUGAGUAGUAUUCGGCAGAUUGAGGGCAGAAUGGCAGAAAUCAGCGAAUCUCUCAAGCGACCGAGCGUGCAGUCCGGACCAACCGUUCUUGCGAUGGAGUCAGACAUGACGUCCGUGCGAGAUCUUGCAAGGAUCUUAAGCACUGCACCUGAACUGGUUGCCGUACCAGAGCAGAGCUGCAUUUACUGCUCCACUUGUCUGCCUGAGUUCCGACCAGACCGUGAUAUGCAGACUGCAAAGUCUAACCUGGGCGGACUCUUCCGGUACGACUUUAGCCAUGGCGUAAGCUUUCCAAGGUCGUGUCCGGUUCCGAGGGCCUUCAGCGCCAUGAAGGAUGCUGUCAGGUCGCACCUGUGCGGCAAACGGCAUAAGCACCAAGUGGAGGUGAAGAAGGCAAGGGAAGAAAGUAUCGCGAAGAGAGAGCAGUCCUCCGCGCGGACUGCCAGGAAUGUGCUGCGUGUGGCUUAUCACGUGCUGAAGGACUCCCUGCCUCACAGCCAGUUCGAAAAAAUGAUAGUUACAUGCCACAAAGCAGGCGCAAAGAUGGGGAAUCUGUGCCACUCGGCUCAACAGAUGCAGCGAUAUCGAAAGGCUUUCAGCCAAGAGAUAAUGGAAAGUCUAGCCCGCCAUGUGAUGUUCUCACCAUGCGUGUCGCUGGUAGUGGACAAGGUCACCGUCAUGCACCGCACCAUGGACAUAACCGGCAUUGUCACCAUCAUCCCCACUGCGCCGCCGCAGCAGCUGUUCCAGAGUUUUGUGGUUGGAGCCCCGAUCGUGAAGAACCACGACGGUGCUGGGCUUGCGGAGGAGUGGUUGGGCACAGUCAAGUCAUGUGGUGUGACAACCGCUGACAAACUGGCUGCCAUCAGCACGGACGGGCAGUACCACCACGGUGGUGUUCCAGGCCGGUUUCUGAAGCGCCUGCGGGACUCUGAAGAGGAUGUCGCACAACGGUCAAAGAGGCCAUGUGUGCCGUGCCUGUGGGACGAUGCGCACCUCUUGCAGCUGGCCGAUGGUGACGCACGGAAGGGCGAUGGGUGUCAGUGGGUUAGAGAAACCGUGGACACCAUCACCCGCAUCAACAAGAAGUUCACGCAUGGGAAAGCCUAUGAAAGCUUUCGUGACACCAUUGAGGCUCUGGGCGGCGAGGGAAAAGGCAUACUGCUGUGGUCAGACACGCGGUUUGCUCCGCAUGCCGCGAAGGUGCUGAAGGCGUUUAUCGCCAACCUGCCUGCCUUCAAAGCCGACAUGGAGAAGCAGCUGAUGUCUGGCGAUGUGAAGUCGUCUGUCCUGGUUGAGAUUCGACAGGACAUCAAGAUGAUGACAGCCAGGUGGUUUCAAGCGCGUGUGGCGGCACUGCUGGACUUGUAUACCGCUCUGUCGGAGGCCAGCAAAGCCCAGCAAAACCUCCAGCUUCUGCCCUGGGAACGCCUGAAGCUUCGCAAUGGACUGCUGGAGGAACUGCGCUCCAAACACCUCUCGCUACCUCGCGCACGGAGGCCUGGAGAGGUCUCUUCAGCACAAAUCCGGGAGCUGCUUGCAGAAAAGGAUCCAGAGGACACACCGAGCUACUGGCCAAACCUGGCAAGGCAUCUGGAAAACAUGUCUCCGUCACAGGUGUGCGAGAUCGCGACGUUCACAAAGGCGUUGAUCGAGCGCUGUGCCAGUCGCGCAAAAGGCCAGGACUCCCGCGGCUCCUCCAAGGGAAGUCACAACGAGAAGGUGGCCGACAGCAUGGAGGACAUCCAAACGGUCAGCGAUCUGGCGGCGCGAGCUAUGUUCACUGCUCUCAAAAAACUACCACCGGCUGACAACAAAAGGCUCUUCAAAGAACUGUGGGACAUGGCCAAGCAUGACCAGUCGCUGAGCGACUACAUGGCCCUGGUCGUGCGCCUAUGGCUCAUCUGGCCGGUGGAGACAGUCGUCGAGAGCAUGGCGAGCGUGCUCAAAGCCGUCUUCAAAGACUGCCGAGUGCUGGACCACGACAAUGCUGCCAUGGAGCUCAUCAUCCGUUGGAACGGCCCAGACGUGGCGCAUGCGGAGGGUCUUAUAGACCAAGUGCUUCGCCACAACCAGCAGCUGAACAAUUUCACGCGCGCCACAAUCGUUCAGGCUGUCGAAGGCACAGUCAUCUCCCGACAUAUGUCUUCCCGUCAUCCUCGCUCAUACAUUUAUCUCGAAGCUAGGAAGCGUAACUAG